GAGGAGAAGAGGAAUGGAAUAGAGGAGAAGAGGAAUGGAAUAGAGGAGAAGACUAAAGGAGAAGAGGAACGGGAAAGAGGAGAAGAUAGCAAUAAAAUGAGAAAGAUGAAACGAGAAGAGGAAGAAGAGGAGAAGAAGGAGAAGAGGAAAGAG